AGGGGCCGGUGGGAAUCACACGGAGGGCCGGGCUUUGGAAAAAGGGGCCGGUGGGAAUCACAGGCAGCAGAGCCAGGCGGCCCCCAAAGGGUCAGGACAGAGCCAGGGUGGGGGAGGAUGUCGGAGAAAAUGAAUAUUUAAUCACCAGCCCCCCACCCCCGUCCUAAGUUACCUCCCAGCCUGCAAUUCCCUGGCCAGAGCCUGGGAGCGAUGCCAGAGGGCGGGAGGUGGGUGAAUGCCGCUCCUGUGGAAGCGUGGGAAAGGAUUGGCAGCUCUACUCAUGUGUGUCUCCUUUUGUCUUCCAGCAGAGCCGAGUCCCUCUCUUCAGAUGAAAAAGAGGUGACAACAAGUGGCACAGAGGAGGGAGAGGGCUCCACCGAGGAGCACCUGGCGGGAGAGGCCAGUUCCGAAAGCAGCUCCAGCAGCAGCUCAGAGGAGGAGUCAGAUGAAGAACAGGAGGAGAAGGAAUCUCCACCGAGCUGCAAUGAAUCAGGAGAGAAAUGCCUGCCACCCUGUGAGCACUGCAGAAAUGAAAAUGACCAGAAGGAGGAAGUGACCCCAAGGAGACUUGCUGGAGGACAAUUUGUGCUGCAGCUGGACGCGGAGGGGACCUACCAGUGCAGCCUCACGGGCUUGAUCUUCGAGGUGACGGGCUCUGUGAGGAUCACCUACUCCCUGCUGUCCUGGAGCAAGUACGCCAGCCUGGUGGAAAAACCAUGGAUCGUGGGCGGGCCCCUCUUCGACGUGCGCUGCGACUCGGCCCCCGCCCUCACCUCCAUCCAGUUCCCGCACUCCCUGUGCCUCGGGGGUGAGUGCCUGGGGGGAGUGGGAGGUGGGAUGGGGCUGUUCCUGCAGCGGGAGGUGCUGAGCAGCCCCGUUGUCCCCCCAGAUCAUGGUGCCGGAAUGGCCUUCAAGGUGCUGCACGUCAAGGGCGAGGGCGCGGCCAUCGAGCCCUCGGCCGCCUACUCGGCGUCGCACGUGAGGUGGGUGGUGAGCUCCCUGUCGCCCGUGGGGCCCCUCAUCCAGAGCCAGGAGCCUGUGCAGUACCACGGGGCUGUCAUCCUCUACAAAGCCGUGGAUGAACAUCCCUCCCUGUCCUUCCGGGUCUACGUGGCCACGAACAACGACUCCUUCAUAAAGGACAUCUCAAAAGCUGUCAAACAUUCAAAUAAGAAGUUUGUUAAGAUUGACAAGCCCCCUGUGUGCCAAAAAUUACUCCAGAAUGGAAAGAGGUACAGAUUGGUUUGUGAGCCAGAAGCUGAAAUAACUCCUGAGGAAAUUGAAUUUGUUGAUGGAUCACUCUUGAAACUGAAGAGUUACAUUGAAGUGUAUGUGGAGAAACCUGAUGAGUUCACCUUGUCUCUGGUUGAGCUGGACUCUGAUGCAACUGUCUGGAAAGCAAAACUCCGAGAACGGGACUGGAUCCAUUAUGAUCAGAACAAAAACGAGCAGAAGAGAAGCACAGGCAGUGUCAAAAAAAGGAAACCAGCCCUCAGCAUUUUGGAAGAAGGGGGACUUUGCAGCAAAAAGCAAAAGACUGGUGGCACUGCAGAUGGAAUUGGAACAAAAAUCCUGACGGACCAGCAGCUGAUGGUGGUGGCAAAGCAGUUGGGGCGGCAGUGGAAGGAAAUCUCCAUCGAGUGUCUCGAGAUGGAGAUGAAGGACAUCGAGGAGAUCCAGGGCAUGGAGGACGAAGUCAACAUGCAAAAAUUCCUGGUGCUGAGGAAGUGGAGGGACAGACAGCAAAGCAAUGGCACUGCAGAAGCUCUGCAGAGGAGUCUGGGUGAUAAAGGAUCCUAUGAGCUGGAGCUGAUGCUGCAAGGUUUCUCGGCUCAGUGCUGAGCUGGAAGGAUCUGCAGUGGGAGCUGCCCCAAUCCAGCCAUUCUGCUCCUCUGGGAUCUUUGCUGGGAUUCAGGAAGGAGGAUGCAAAGCAUCAUCACUCAGAGGAAAGGUUGGGCUGGAUCUUCUCAAGGAAUGUGAAUGAAAUUUUGGAUAUAAGCCACUUCCAAGACUUCCAGGAGCUGUGGAUCCCGAUAUCUCCGGGCUUCGCCCGCAGGGAAUUCCACCACUGCCGCCUCCUUUGAGCCUCUCCUAAAAGAUGGGAACACUGGAAGAAACCAGGUUGAAUUGUUCGCUCCAGGAUCGUACCUGGGAAAUAUUUUCAUUUACAUCAGGGAAAAACCGGGAGAAAAGCUACACAGGAACUUUCAUCCCCUUAAAAACCCCACAUUGAACUGCCCGAAUCGGGAGGUACCUUGGAUUUCUCAUGGAUGUCCAAAAUCAGGGAAGGAUAAUCCUAAACUUGCAGCCAGAUUCCUUUGCAUAAUCACUGUGUAUAUAUAAUUCCUGUAUAUACUCCUGUACAUUCAGUCCUUGUUAAGCUGUGGUUCUCUUCUCUAAAAACCCCAAAGACUGAUUUCACAGAAGCACCACUAUGUACUCCAGGCAGCUUGGAAUUUUCCCUGGGAAUUUCUUUGCUACUCUUCUCUGUAUAGUCUGUAUUUUUACGAGACAGUUGUUUUUUUUUUACGUUGUAUAAUUUGUUUUUUAUAUGAGAAACUUUUUCUACUUUUUACUUGAUUCGUUUUAACUCGAAUUAGGUGCUUUAAACCACCAUGGGAGGAGCCAGAAUCCCUGGGAAGGCCCCCCACGUGCUACAGAAUUGGAAAAGAUUUGGGAAUAACGUGAUUUGCAGAAGAGAGCGGUGACCUGAUCCGGGAUUGUCUGAUUUUUAAGGACAUGGGAUGGUUGGGAUCACCUUCCUCUGAGUGUGUUCGUGAAAGAAAAAAGCAAACUUUAAAAAAAAUAAGGAUUAAAGGGGAACCAUUGACACUA